UUGUUGUCUCUCUGAUUGGCAAAGAUGGGGCUCCGCCCCUUUCCUCCCUCAUGCGACGUUCUAUUGGGCGGUUGAGGUGACGUACGACGGCGCGACAAAUGGGCGCGAGUCUUUGAACGCAGGCUUGGGGGUGUUGCCAUGGAGACGCGGCCUAGCUAGCGCCUGCAGAGCUUUCCUGGAUUCCUAAGGGAGCCGUAACUAGGGCUACAGGAUCUGUGCAGGAUUUCCAGUCAACCUUUUAGCAUGAGAUGGAUGUUCUGUUGCAGCAGUCCUUAAAAGAUUGUUCCCAUGUUCAGAAACCACUGUUUUCAUGUAGCAAUGUUUCAUUUUGUCUUGUUUGCGUUAUUUGGUAGACUUUGAAUAGAAGAUGGCCUUGUGUCUAUAUGAAUGCCUCUGUGAGGCAGAGCUUGAGAAAUAUUUUCCCCAUUUUACUGCCCUUGGCUUUCAGCGGAUUGAUGAGCUUGCCAAGGUCUCCAUGAAAGAUUACACCAAACUGGGGGUACGUAACAUGAAAGACCGCAAGCGCCUCUUCCAGCUCAUUCGAAUAAUCAAAAUGUUGCAGGCAGAAGAGGAAGCCGCAACGGGGGGGAAACCACAGCAUUUUCAGGCAGGUGCUCUCUACCUCCAGCCUCAGGUGACUACAUGUGGUCCUCGAAGGCAGUUGCACUUUGAUUCCCUCUCAGGGGAAAAAGAUGGAAGGAAAGACCACGAACCUGAAUCGUGUACAUUAUCUAAUUGCUCUGUAAAUGAAGAUAAGAAUGAUUUAGCGACAGCACUGAGCCGUGACUCAGAGUAUAAAAGACCUAGAAAAGACUCUUUGGACGCUGCUGCAACUUGGACAGAACAUAAACGGGACAUUCCAGGUGUCAGUUCAUCUAAUGACAUUGCCCCUCUCUUAGGGGAUACCGAAGCCCCUGUUGUACAAAGGGUAGCUCAUAUUUCUGGUUAUAAUUAUGGAGUGCCUCAUUCUUGUAUCAGACCUAAUACUUCUGAGAAAGGGACGCCAUGGACUGAAACAGACAGGAUCCGUGUGUGUGUUAGGAAACGUCCCCUCUGCUUAAGAGAAGAGCGCCGUGGAGAAGUGAAUAUCCUCACAGUAGAAGAUAAAGAAACUCUCCUCCUCCACGAGAAAAAGGAAGCUGUUGACCUCACCCAGUACAUUUUGCAGCACGUGUUUUACUUUGAUGAAGUCUUUGGGGAGGCUUGUUCCAAUCACGAUGUGUACAUGAAGACUGCUCACCCCCUCAUUCAACACAUUUUCAACGGCGGCAACGCCACUUGCUUUGCAUAUGGGCAGACAGGUGCUGGUAAGACCUAUACCAUGAUUGGCACUCACCAAAAUCCAGGACUCUAUGCCCUGGCUGCUAAUGAUAUCUUCAGGCAAUUAGAAGCGUCACCGAUUAGAAAAGACCUCCAUGUCUGGAUCAGCUUUUAUGAGAUCUACUGUGGGCAGCUUUAUGAUCUGCUAAAUGGAAGGAAGAGGCUUUUUGCAAGGGAAGAUAGUAAGCAUAUUGUACAAAUAGUCGGACUGCGUGAGGUCCAAGUGAACACCGUCGGCCUGCUUCUAGAGGCCAUUCUGAGAGGUGGGAAAGAGCGCAGCACAGGGGCAACCGGAGUCAACUCGGAUUCCUCCCGUUCCCAUGCCAUUAUCCAGAUUCAGAUUAAAGACUCAGCAAACAGAGUCUUUGGGAGGAUCUCGUUCAUUGAUCUGGCUGGCAGUGAAAGAGCAGCUGAUGCCAGAGACUCUGACAGGCAGACGAAAAUGGAAGGUGCAGAAAUAAACCAAAGUCUUCUAGCUUUGAAAGAAUGCAUCCGUGCACUGGAUCAGGAGCAUGCUCACACUCCGUUCAGGCAAAGCAAGCUGACUCAGGUCCUAAAAGAUUCUUUUGUCGGCAAUUCCAAGACCUGCAUGAUAGCCAAUGUCUCGCCCAGCCACAUUGCGACUGAGCACACCUUAAAUACCUUACGGUAUGCUGACAGGGUGAAAGAGUUGAAGAGAGGGUUGAAAUGUUGCACGCCUGUUGCAAGCAGGCGGCGAACUCCAGGCAGCAUGUCUCCCAAACGCAUACAGAGUUCUUGUUCACAAGGUGGGGAAAAGAGCUCUCCUAAGAAAGUAAAGCUGGGGCUGCAGCAUCCCCCAACACCUCUAGCUUCAAGGGUGAAGGCUUCGCCAUUGCUUUUUCAUCCACUGCACCCGCCUUUCUCUUCUACCCCCAAAGGACAGGCCCGCAAAGGGCAUUUUGGUGCACAGUGGCUUGGCUGCACCAGCCCGGUUAAAGUUCUGAGGGCAGCUCCACCGGGCAAAAAGACAACAGAGGACCCAACGGAGCUGCAUUCUGGGAAGAGCAACAUUGGGAAGGACUUUGCGGCCAGGAGAGAAGGUGGCCAAGGAGACAGACAGCGCAUCAAGUGCCUGAGAGCACAACCGGUGCAGAAGCAGCUCGUUUCUAGAGCAGACUUUUCCCUUGGUGGCACAGAGCCUCCGUCAGCCCACCUGGAGAAAGGUGUGAGAGUGUUUGCAGAGCAGUGCGCUGCAGCCUGGACAAGUCUCCCGCCACAUCAGAAAGACAGGGAGCAACACCUCCGCCUUUACCACCAGCAAUUCCAGCAGCCUCCGAUCCUGCAGCAGAAACUGGACUACCAGCCGCUAGAGAAAUUCUUGGCCCAGUAUAAGCCUCAGGAGAUUCGGGUGAAGCCGGAGCCCCCUUGCCAGACUCCCGUGUCUCCUCCUCAGUAUCACGAUGAAAUGAUGCAGCUGGAGGAUCUGGAGGACAGCGACUUCAGUGAGGAUUCCUUCUCUGCUGGCCCCAGCCAGGAGAAGCCUGAGGUGGAGGCUGGGGGGGAAUGCAGCCAGGGAGGGUCCUUCUUCCUCCACCAGAGAGAAUGCGGCGAAAGUUGGGAAGUCCAGGGCGGACAAAGCCUAUUUUUCAAACCGUGUGGGCUUGAGAAUAAAGGGGCAGCUGUGCCAAGGGCGGAGGAGGCUGUUAGCUUUGAGGAAGCCAACAACUGUCAUUCCGACUGGAGCACAGAAGAAACCCCGGCACUCGAUUCCUCUCCAAAGAAUGACAUGCCAGAGAAACCUUACUGCUCACAGGACAGUAUUAUGUGUAACAGGAUGAGCACCAAAGAAUUGCUUCUUGGGCAAAAGCAACUCAAAUGUAUAGAUUUACCUCUAAGUUGCCCCGGUGAGUGCUUCCCCGGGCCUGAAAAGGCAGCACAAAGUCCACCUUUGGCCCCCCCGCUGGGAACCCUAAGUUGCUCUGCUGAUGACCUGAUGGGAAGCAGACAUGGUCCGCUGUCAGGAAUUGCAGGGAAAAAGCAUCUCCAAACAGGAACAGACCUUUGUGGAACUCUGGAUUUCUCCGUGGACGUUGCUGCUAGAGGGGUGAGUCCUUUGGGGGUGUCCCUUCUCAGCACUGGGACUACAGACAGGCCAGAAGACGACCCUUCCCUCCAGGGGCAAGAGAGGGCUCUGCCGAAGGAGGGGAUGGUGGAGGAGAAACCCUUUAGCCCCAGAAAGCAAUUGGAUGAGGGCACCAGGCAUCUUCAUGGGGAAGAACUCCCCCCUGCACCCAGCUUGCAUGAAGCAGGUCACUGGAGGAGAAAAGCUGACCAGGUGCUCUCUCCACAAGGCAACCCCAAGUGGCACUCUCAGUCUUGUCACAGUCCAAAGGUUUCUUCUCCCUUGGGGGGUGCAUCAGGCUUGACUGAACCUUAUGGUUGUGUUUGUGGAUACUCUCCCAGAGACGCAGGCCUGGUCGAUCUCCUCUCUCGACAUGCAGACAGCGGGGACACCUUGCUCCUAAGUAACCUACAGUUCAGUGAGUAUCUGGCUAGCCCACAGUAUGAUGCAGACACCGAAGCGACCGGGAUUGCCUCCUUGAGCUGCUCAGGGCAAUUCAGCCUGGAUGAAGAAGGUGAUUCCAAGCCCACGACACAUCUCAAACAUACUGACGCAAUGGGAAAGGCUUCCAUUUCCAGUGCACUGUCCAACUCUCACGAUGCAGGAAACAAGGAGCCCUCUGGGGAGAGCGUUACACCGUGGCCCAGCUUGGGUCUUGGGAAACUGGAACUUGGCUAUUCGCAGAAAGCGUUCAAGUUAACAUUCAGUGGCAAGAAAAUGGGUUUCCUUAAGAACAAAUUUACUCAGAAUAUGUUUACACACAUGCCUUCUGAUGACACAGAACAGGAUUCAAGGGUUGCCUCCGAGGGGAUGAACUCCAAGUCUCCCAAGACCUCACUGAAUUCUUCUAGUCUACAGGAUUUGUCUCAAAGCUCACCCCAGUAUAAGGAAGCUUUGGGAAGGCAGUUUGUGCUCCAAAUCCAUCAGGAACAGCUGGACGAAAUGGCCCUCCUAUGUUUUCAGGAAGAGAGCUUGAUCAGUAAGGUGUCGGACUUGGAUUUCGAAGACUUUGUGACACAACUAGAUGACAUCCUGCUGCUGAAAUCAAAAUCCAUUCACAGGUUGCGAACUCAGUUGCAGCCUUUCUUGGCUGCUCCUGCGAGUGGGACGGCACCAGACCACUUCCUCAUGCAAUAGCUGUGGACAUGCAUGGCCUUCAGCAGCCAGCAUCUCAAGGCAGGGAGGACUACUUCUUUGUGGCACAUGUUCUAGGGAAGGACUAUGGGUUAGCUUCAGCAGUAGCAGAAGAAACUCAGCGGCAGCCUGUGCACUUCGUGUGCUUUGCCAUUCACACAUAGACUCGACCUUGGUGGCCAAGUCAUUGGGAAGUGGAAAAAGUGAUCCCACAAUCAUCCCAACAACUGCUCAUGUUAAUGGCAGUUUUUUGUACUUUCCCCCUGCCCUACCCAAACCACAAACCAGCUGGGCGAUCAGGCAGUGUGUUUUGAAGAAGAGGUACCAGUUGCCACCAAAGUAAUACAAUCCACUGCAUGGCUGCUCUGUGGCAGCUUAGGGCUUCUAAAGUAUCAAAUGAGACAGUGGAGCUGGUGGAGCAUUGAAGGCAGGGACACAGACUACUUACAUCCAUACAGUUAUCCCUGUCUUCCCUUCCACCCCGGUUUACCAAACAUUCUACAUUAACGCCUUGGCUAUCUACUCAUCAGGUGCUUGCACACCAAGUGAUUUCAGUCACUGCGAUGCUGCUGCGUUGAGCAUCACUGUGCUUCACGCACUAUGACCUUCAAGAUCCUUGUGAAGAUGACUUAGGAGAAACAGGCUGUCAGACUGCAAGAGGGAAAGCAGGGUGACAUGUUGCCUGAAGCUUUUACAUGACUGUCGUAAAGAUCACUUGCCUAACAACGCUGUGAAAUUGGUGCCUCGCUAGACAAGAUUUCUAAGCAGGAACUUUUCAUUAAGCCACCCUACCUAUCCUGCCUGCCAAAAGAAUUUGUGAAUUCUUAGUUUAUGGUAACAACCACAAGAGGAAGCAGAACUUUGGACAGUAACCUUGUAGGCACUUCAGGGGCUUUUCCAAGAUGGACUGAAAGGAAAUAUAAAAGGAUUCACAAAAGUGGUAACAGAAGCUUGAGAUGCUAAAACCCCCAAUGAGACAAUAUAAGGUCGUGAGCCAGUACACUCUAAAACCUGGCAAUACCUGGAUACCAUCGUGCUAUACAUCACUGUAGCAGUUUUUCAUUUGUUUCCUUCUGUGCAUCAGGGAGAAAGUAUAUUGAGGAGUUGAGAUUUAGUCUGUCUAGCUUGCAGUUUCUGAAAGGUAGCUUUGCGUUUAUUAAUGGAGCCUUCUGUCCAGAGGCUCAUCUAAGCCAGAAGCUUGCUAGUCAGGCAGCUAUAUGGUCCUGCCUGUGGUACCUCUAGACUGCAAACAUGCUCCAUUUGAAAGAAGGAGUGUUGUCAUUCACAUGACACAAGAGGCCGUAGCCUAAUCUCACCUUUUUCUUGCUUGGCCUUUGUGACUUUGACACAGCCCUUCAGAGGCUAUAGCACUGAUCUCUUUACUGCAGAUCAGGCCCAACCCAGGGACUUCCAUUAGCACCCCACAGCUUCAGGGCUCAGUGAGUAGAGCUUUCAAGUAUAAAGGCAGCAAGGACGCUGCUUCUACUUUUCAGUACUGCACAGCUUAGCCAAUUAGUAAAAUGGUUGAGAAUCUAGGUUAGCAACUUGACACAAGAGCUUUGCACUAAAUACGUGGAAAUGUUUCUAAAGGUUUUGAAAGGUAGUGCACCCCAACUCCUGGAAGGUAAAGUGAAUGGAGUUAGAAUGAGUUUUAGUAUGCAUGUCACUUUUAUACCGAGUUUUUAAUUGAAGUAAAAAGAUAAUUGAGCAAAACUUGCACAGCAAUCUAAAUUGUGUCAUUAAAUACUCUGAUAAAAUGUAAUCUAUGUUUGAUUGCAAAAGGAUUUCACAUCAGGGCAGAAGCGCUAAAUACCAGCACCAGCAGCUCAGAAACAUACACUGGAUGUACAACUGGAUCAGUAGCUGCCUUUGGCUGCAGAGAUGAGAGGCUGACAGCAUCCUGCUUGCAAGUCAUGGAAGGAAACUGAGCAGCAGCAGCAGCACAGGCCCCCUGGAGGGUGGAAAGUGGGCAGGCUUUUAUGCCAACACAUAUGCAGUGUGUGGCUAAUUAUAUUUUCUUGUGCUCUGUCCACAUGGCUAAGUGCCAUCACUGUGGCUGCAGGAUCAGCACAUAAUUAGGCUCACAUAUGCAGAGAGACUACAGUGUAAACAGCACCCUUGCCUCAGAUGUCACUCAGUAAUUAUUGUCUUAAAGCUGUUGGAUCCCUCCAGUUAGCAGAGGCAAGUUGCCAUUAGGAAAGUGGUAGGCCAACCACAAGGAGUCGCUUAAGCAGUGAGGGGGUUUUGUGUGUGUGUGUGCGUGCAUGGCCAAUAGUUACAAUAUAUCUCAGGCAUGAAAAGAUGUGGAUCAGGGGCACGGGGCUCUGCUCCCAAUUGAAAAGUGCAGAAACUCAGGUCUUUAUUGCCAGUCAUCACAUCCUGUAGAAUGGGACGGUAGUUUAAUAUAUGAGAUUUAGUUUCCUUUCUGCUCGGACGUGACAUGGUAAGUUUAAACCUGAUUCCAACAUUCAAGUCACAAAGCCACUGUUAACCGUCACUGGACACUGUGCAGCUGCUGCAUGUUCCUAUAGUGAACCAUGAACUCUAGAGGUCAAUCCCACUCUGAUCCCUUAUGAUGACUCACUUGAAGACAGAAGCAAAUCAGAUAUUGAAAUGGUUUGGUGGUGGGGUGUUACCCAAUUGGGGGAUCCAGAGUGCUGAAAGUGUUUUUAUACUGUGCUUACUGAAAUCUCUGUAGUGACUUAGGAAAAAACCCUCCAAACCUGGAACUUUGAGACGUCUCAAGAUGUUCUUACGUUAUAGGAGAGUUAAUUAGCUACAGCCAUUCCAGAUUCAGUCAUUUCUUCUCCCUGCUACAGCCCGAAAGCAGGACACCACAAGCCACAUUUUAAGGUUUUAUUAGUAUCUCUUUCUGCAGAACCAAAAUACUUAGCAAAUUACUCCAAAGAUCAAGACUGCUUAUAUUUUAUGUAUUUAGAUCUUUAACCAUGUACAACAUAAUACACUUUUGUACUAUCAAAACCUAAAGUCUGAUUCCUAUUAC